CAAGUUAGCAACAUUUGCAAUUCUUGCCGUCGUUCCCGUUUAAAAAUUUGGCUGGGAAAGUGAAAGAAUCUCGGAGAACCGCAGCGCGAAAGAUCUCCAAAAAGACCGGACUGAAACGCCGGAAAAGGAUUCUAUCUUAUCUUUCCCCGUCUCUCAAAAAGGAUCCUUCGAGCUCCGGCUCCGGGAAGCAAUCACCCUUCUCACAAUCAACCCAAGAGGGUAUCAGAGAGCGGGAUUUAUUUAAAAGCGCAGUUUGAUCGAGAUAUCCUGCCCCGCUGACCUUUGCCCCUUUGCACUUUGGUUUAGAGUACGACGCAGACGCGAGAUGGCCGAGUUUUCAGCUUACGAAACGACCCCCAGCUGGUUCCAGCGGUUUUCCGAGUUCAUGCGAAAAGAUACCAAGGGAGUGGAGAUCAUCAGUUACUCCUUGUCAGGAAUUUUGUUUGUGGUCGCCUACAGAAAAAUCCGUCCCUUUACACGCUUCGGUAAGGCCUCGGAUAUACCGCAACACUUUGUUCGACAUCAGAUCCGGCAGUAUGGGCGAGUCGAUAAGAUAGAGCCAUCAUUGCAGCAUGGUCCGCUGCUUAUCGUGCGGCAUCGCCCGCCGGCCAAUAUACUGUUCUGGUCGAGAAAGACGAUCCCGAUCAAGGUGAACGGAAUCGAUGUGAACGCCAACGGGUACUCCUGGCUGGAAUCCGUUGUUUCGGGCAAUGAGAUAAGCUUCAUACCGAUGGUGGCCUCAUCUGCAAACCAGCAUGCCGAAUGUCGUGUGCUGCUGACCCAACCGAAUCGAACGAUAGACGUCGGAGAUGCGCUCCUAUCGUUGGGAUUUGCUAAACUGACCGUUUCCGUCCCGAAAACCAUCAGAAACCGUAAGGAUGCUUACGAAGCGCAGCUACACCAGUACUACCGCUCGUUAGCACAAUCGGAACGCUACGCCAAGGAUCGCCGGAAUGGACUUUGGCAAUAUACACUGCCACCCCGUAUCUGGCCGCUUUCUCUGUGGCCUGCGGUGUGGGAUAAAGUCGUAUACUCAAAACGAUUACCGGUACUGGUACGGUAGGCCGUUGGAGCGCGGCCUUUGGUUCGUGGUCUUUCGUAGCAAAAAGUAGAACUUUCUGCUUCGCAAUCCACAGUCUAGUAUGAUAACGCCGUUUGUGUCUUCCGCCGUGGGCAUCUUGGUGCUUAAUGUAACAUUUUCGAUCGUUAACAAUAAAUCGCUUAAUAAAUCAUGUUCUUCCGCCGUUCCCGA